CAGUAUGUCUUUGUAUGAGGAGCCCGCGUUAACGGGGAGUUACGAUGUUGUGGGGUCGUUUCCCAAAAGUUUCGGUUACGGGGUGGAGGAGGAGAGCUCCACAUCAGCUGACAAGCCCAGGAUACUGCUGAUGGGACUGAGGCGGAGUGGCAAGUCAUCUAUUCAAAAGGUUGUAUUCCACAAGAUGUCACCCAACGAGACGCUGUUCCUCGAGAGCACCAACAAAAUCUACAAGGACGACAUCUCCGGCACCUCUUUUGUCAACUUCCAGAUCUGGGACUUUCCCGGCCAGGUGGACUUCUUCGACCCCACGUUUGACAGUGAGAUGAUCUUCAAAGGAACCGGCGCUCUGAUCUUUGUCAUCGAUGCUCAGGACGACUAUGUGGAGGCUCUCGGGCGGUUACAUCUCACAGUCUCCAGAGCUUACAAAGUGAAUCCAGACAUCAACUUCGAGGUGUUCAUCCACAAAGUAGAUGGUCUGUCAGACGACCACAAAAUCGAAACACAAAGGGACAUUCAUCAGAGGGCCAACGACGAUCUGGCAGACGCCAGCCUGGAGAAGCUUCACCUCAGCUUCUACCUGACCAGCAUCUACGACCACUCCAUAUUCGAGGCCUUCAGUAAGGUCGUCCAGAAGCUCAUUCCUCAGUUACCGACGUUGGAGAACCUUUUGAACAUUUUCAUAUCUCAUUCUGGGAUUGAGAAAGCCUUCCUGUUUGAUGUUGUAAGUAAGAUUUACAUCGCCACAGACAGCUCUCCUGUGGACAUGCAGUCCUACGAGCUGUGUUGCGAUAUGAUAGAUGUUGUCAUCGAUGUCUCCUGCAUUUACGGGCUGAUGCAGGACGGCAGCGGCUGUGCCUAUGACAAAGAGUCCUCAGCUAUCAUCAAGCUCAACAACACUACCGUGCUUUAUUUGAAAGAGGUCACAAAGUUCCUUGCUCUCGUCUGCAUCCUCAGAGAGGAGAGCUUUGAGAGGAAAGGUUUGAUAGAGUACAACUUCCACUGUUUCCGAAAAGCCAUCCACGAGGUGUUUGAAGUCGGCACCUCGCCAGAUGAUGUCAGCUCAUCCAGCAGCAACAUGUCGGGCCUGAAGUACGCUGCGCUGAACGGAAACGCAGUUUAAAGGGCAGGAGGCGUGUGUAACUCUUUGGUUUACCUGAAGUGUGGUGAGGACACACACCUCCUGUGGAACACAUGCUGCCUUACUGUGUGCAACUGAAUGUGAAUCAGUUGAACUGAAAACUGAAUCUGAUCAACCUGGAGAUGAAACGUGUUGUUCAGAAAUAUAUCUGUCCAGUAUUACAGGCCACAAAUGUACCAAAAACCUGAACAGUGGUUCUUACUUUAUGCACAUUUAUCGGUAGUGAGAUGUCAGUUGUGUUUACCUUCUCGGCCAGUUACGUCUGUGUGCUCUGCAUCAUAAAAAUACUCCUGAGAGAGACGUAUGAUCCAGUGUGAGCACUUAGGAUCAACACAAGCUCCACUGACUCAACUGUAUUUCCAGAAACUAAACGUUACAGUCCAAACUUCUUUCAUGUUCCUGCUCAUUUUGCUUUGAAAUAUGGAGUGCUGUAAGUGGAUUUAAUCCCCGGCAUGAAAAAACAGAAAGCACGGUGUUUGUUCCACUGUGUGUUUUCUGUUGAUAAUGACUCAUGUGACCAGCGACCGGUGAUCUGCUCAGGAUCCCCACAGACCAGUACUGUGCCAGUUACACCAUUAGAGCCUGGGUUGAUGAACAGCAUGUUGGUCUUAAUGGAGUCUGGAAAUAACAGAUGAUGCUCUUCAGUUGGACGAACCCGCCGCGUCUGCUGACAGUCCAGUUUUUGUAGCUUGUGAUGAACGUUUUUGACCAAAUUUACUUAACAGAGAUUCAGUUUUUGCUUUUUGGUGCGAGCUUUGAAUAAUAUAUAUAAGAUUUGUGUUGUUUUUUUAUUAUUGUACAUAAUAAUUCUUUAAUAAAAUAUGUUUCAUAUUUUG